AUGGAAAUGCCAAAUUUAAAUUAUGCUAGGUUGUAGUUUACAUCAUCAAAUAGAAAUGAUGGAUAAGUUUCAAUAAGAAAUGUGUUUGUAUCAACUUUCAAAUGUUACCCAUCUUGUAAAUAAUGCACAGGACCAAAAUCUAAUUAAUUUACAACUUGUUAUUAUAGAUUACCUACAAAAAUAUUUGUCCAUCCUGUCCAACUAAUUAUGAAAAAUACUUUGGAUGCAGAGAUAUUUGUAAUAUAAACUCCAUUAUAUACUAAUGGAUUUAGUUAAUCAUAUUUAAAUUCUUUCUUUGCAAAUGCUAUAGUUCAAUAUUAGUAACCUUAAUGGCUUUUUAAAUAUGACCUGGAACCUGUAGACAAAUAUCCAACAAAAAUAACUUCUGAUUGUUACGGGAUUUUUAAUUUUAAUUCUGGUAUAUAUAGAUUUACAACUAUUUAUCUACUUAUUCUUAUUCAAUUUAUUCAUUUGAGUUUUAGAUUAUAAUGUAAACUUUUAAUAUUAUUCCCCUUAAUUUUGGAGUGUAGUUUUUGA